UGGACAUAUUUGCUCAAAUUGUACUCUUGGCCUUCAUGGGAUUACUGCAUUUUAGACGAGCAGAUGCACAAUACCCUGGAAACAAAAUAGGUCUAACAAUGAAUGAUGAAUGUUCUUAUAUGGCAGAUAUCCGAGGAACACGCGAAAUACCCUCAUGGAUUCAAGAAACCCGAAUAAACGAAGCACCUCCUCCCGAGCUGCAAUUUUAUAUAUGCUUGAAGACUAUCCUAUUCAGAGGUGUUAUCAACGGGGAACCUAUACGUCGCAAUCAUAAUGAUCUUAAGCAUACUCCAAGGAGCGCUUCGAUACACAUCAAAUCAUUUUUCUUCUUUAGCGAUUUUUUCAUAACUGAUGGCACUUUUGAAGCGUACGCUCCAGAACAUCUCCGAAGCUGGUUUCCAACUUCCUCAGUACCAGCCAGAAAUCACAUAUAUAUAACAGUACCAGGAGGUAAGAAGUAUAGGGCACAUUUAAAGCCACAAUUUUUCACAAAAUCUAAAAAUAGAAUUAGCAAUCUUUGGCCUGCAAUGGUCGAUCGGACGCAUCAAAAUACAUCUCCGCCACAUCCAAAUCAUGGAGAGUUCAGCAAUGCUGUAGCCAGUACAACUAAAGUGUGAAUCUAACGCUAAUUUCAGUAUACGAUAUACCUGCGCACAUCUAUUUAACUUUCCUACAUAUUUUUAAUUAUCCUUCACUAUUGUUCACGAGGGGCGGCGACGAGGGUUUUAGCAAAAAUCCACGUGGACGCAUGUUCUCCUAGAACCGCGGAUUCCCUUAAAGAAUAAAUACAAGUAAAUAAAAAACUUGAACUAAUUUUAGUUUAACUUUAUUGCUUGUAUCCACAAGCUUUUGUUCUUAAGAAAAAUCGAAAUUUAACCGCCGCUUUUGGCUUCCUUGCUUUUGAAGACUAGAACUGAAUAUCCAAACUUUCAUAAUAUAUUGAAUAUGUCCACAUGGACAGAGAAGCCAGGACCCUCUCCUCCCCCGGUCGUUAAAAGUCCCAGUCGGGGCAAAGUGAUACAAAAUUUUCCACAAGGUAGCAUUUGUUUCUGAAAUAAUACAUAACAAAAAGCAUUUUUUCCUUGUUCAUAUAGAUAAGCAUUUGUUUUAGUUCAAGGAGAUUUGUUCCAACUUCUUUUGGAAAAUGAUAUCGCGUAAAUGGCAGCGGAUGAUAUAGCGGCGAUUUCACGUCGUAUGUUGUCUUUUAAUAGAGCUAGAGUUCUUGGCUUGUUGACGUAUACCUUAGACUUCAAAUAUCACCACAAAAAAAAUUUGGUGCCGUUAAAUUGGGUGAUCUGGGUAGCUAGUCAUAAUCGCCAUUUUUCUAUAUGAGUCGUCCUGGGAACAAUGAUUUCAAUAAGUUAAUGGUUUCUCGAGCUGUGUGGAAUGUGGCGCCAUCUUGCUGAAACCAGUAGCCUACCAUAUCAUUUUCACGAAGAAUGGGCAUCACAAAAUUUAUAACGCUCGAUAACGCUCGGCAUUAACGGUUACGGUAGCUCCAUCAUCGUUUUCGAAGAAAUAAGGUCCGAUGAUCAUACCCGCACAAACACCGCACCAAACUGUAACUCUUUGGUCGUAAAACGGCUGUUCUUCAAUUAAUUGAGGAUUUUCGGUGGCAAAAAUCGACAAUUUUGC